UCCACAAAACUUUGUCCGAAUGAUUUUGUGGAACUAGUGCCCGGUUGACAACCGGCUAUGAAACAAAAAUAACUUUAUAUAAUAAUAUCAAAAUUAAUUAAAAGAUGCCGCGCAAUCCCAAUGCCGAGCGUGAUAAUCCCUGCUUAAAAGAGCAAGAGCUGUCUUUCAAAUGUCUAAACAAAAACAAUUUUGACCGGGAUAAAUGCGAGGUCUACUUCGCUAAUUACAAUAAUUGCAAAGAAUUUUGGAACAAAGUACGCUCCGAUCGCAGAGCACAAGGAAUCGUACCCUAUUUACCGCCCGUUGAGGAGCGCGCGGAGAUAAAGGCUGAUUACAUGAAAACCAAACCAAAAUUGUGAUAUAUAAAUAACAAAUGAUAAAAAUGGCGGCAUCGCUAGCUCCAACAUGGCAACAGAUAAUUCCAUUUCGAGAGAUUGCUUCGGAUCAUCGAUAAUGAGAAGCUUCAAUUGGGGCAAGCGAUAGAGGCAGGCUAAUCCUCUAUGCGUAAUCGAUGUAUUUGAUAUAUCCAGUACUUCCAAGUGCGGGUAAUCGCCACCAGAAAUGCGAUCCAAGCACCAGUCAUCGAAUGGCUUUACGUUGUGCAGGGAUAGAAAUUUAAGAUGCUCCAAACUCCGUAAAUUCUCCAAGCCCUCGUAGUACAACUGCAUGUUAUCGCAGCGAAGCGCUUCGAGCUUAUAAUUAGCAUUAAAUUUAUUUGGCAAAUUAAAUUCUCCAUCCUCUGAAGCGCGAUGCCACCGCUUGUCGUUCAAGAA